GUGCUCAUAAAUAUUUUUUUAAUUUCACAGCUGAAAAAUAAAAUUCCCUUGUUUGUUGAAAGCUUCUGUAUCUCCUCUGUUAUUAUUCACAACUCAUGCUUCACUUUAGAGAGAGAAAGUGGAGAGUUCUAGAGAGAGAAUGAAUGAUCAUUGAAAAUAACUGUGGAAAUACUAUUGAACUCCAAGUGAUGCCCAGAAAAAUCUUCGAGAAAUUUCAUCGCUUUCUAUCAUUUCUUUUGUUUUGAUGAAAACACCUAGGGUUUGCGCGGUUUUCAAAUUAGGGUUUUUCAUGAAUUGUUAAGUUGUACCAUAAUUUUUGGCGAACUUUCGCCAACGAGUUGAAUUGAUUUCUUGGUCUUUGGAUUGAAACUUGGCCCUUUUUGUAAUUGGGAGGGUUCGCAACUGCUGUUGAAUUUAUCAAUGGCGAGUACAGGUGAAGCAGACCGAAAACGACGUCAUUUCACAUCUAUUUCUCCAACUGCUGCUGCUACCAUGACGAAGAAGCAGUCAUUUACGCUACUUUCGGAGGAUAAGAAGCUUGAUACCGCUGUACUUCAGUUUCAAAAUCAAAAGCUCUCACAAAAGCUAGACGUCCAGAAAAUUGAAAUUAUUGCUCAUGAGAGCAAGUUUUCAGAGAGAAAUGAGAAGCUACAAUCGUAUGGGAAAAUGGUGACAAUUGUCAAUAAUUGCUGGAGUAAGCUAAUGGACGGCUUGGAAGCCCGAUCUGUUCACAUUAAAGACGUGGUCAGAAGUGGAGGAAAUAUGCAUCAUUCAGUUACUAUAAAGGAUGAUGCUUCCUCCUCCGCUGAUGAUUUAUUCUUAAAGCGACUGACAGAAACAAUUCCUGAAUCCUGCUUAGCCAGUAAUUCCUUUGACCAGAUGAUAGAAGAAGGGGACAAGGCUUGUGAAAAAUCCAAAAAUAUUUUGCAUAAUAUUGUUGGUGCUGUAAAUGACUUGUGGUGUAUGAAAGAUGGAUUGUACAAUGCUGUAUUAACAGCACUUCCGAAGGAUGAUUCAUGCAAGCGGAAAGAAUCCUAUACUAUGAUGGCAGACAUUAAGAAUUUACGUUCAGCUCUGAGUGAUCUUCAUCUGAAACACAGAUCACUUGCUAGGGAACUACAUAAACAUGAAUCUGGUGAAUUGAAGAACAAAGCUGAGCUUAAAUAUUUACGAGGGGAGCUGGAGAGGACAAUAAGAGAGCUGGAAGAAAGUAACCAUAAGUUGUCAGCUUUAAAAGACGAGAAAGAUGCGACAAAGGGAUCUUUUUUCCCUGUGUUGAACAUGGGUAAUAAGCUUACUUCUAAUGACAGAGUAGCUGAUAAGCAAAAGGAGCAAAAGGACCUACAGGAUUUAGAGGCAACUUUAAAGGAGUCAAUGGCUCAGUCCUCUUCACGGCUACAAGAACUGAAGCUUUUGCACGAGGAAAGAAUAGAAAUUCUGAAGAAGCUUUCCAACUUUCAGGGUACAUUGAAAAAUGCAAAAUCCAUUGCUUGUGCUGGAGCUUUUUAUCUAGUGAAUGAAGAGCUUGAAAAGUCUAAAGCUAAUGUUAUCCAGUAUCAGACCAUAUUCAAAAAACUUCAGGCUGAGAAAGAUAAAGUUUCAUGGAAAGAAAGAGAAGCAGUGGUUAGAACUGAUAUAGGUGAUGUUUUUCGAAGAUCCUUGACAACAACUUGUUCUAGAAUAAAUGAGCUUGAAACUGAGAUACAAAGGCAAAAUGAUGAAAAAAAGCAUAUGGAAUCCAAGCUGGAAGAAGCUUCAAGAGAACCAGGAAGGAAAGAAAUAAUUUUAAAAUUUAAAGAAUUUGUCUCUUCAUUUCCUGAGGAUAUGAGUUCCAUGCAAAGUAAGCUACGCAAGUACAAGGAGACAGCUGUCAAUGUUCAUUCUUUGAGAGCUGAAGUACAAUCUCUUUCAAAUCUUCUUGCCAAGAAGGCCAAAGAUUUGGAGAUAUUAUCUUGUACAUCAGUUGAUCAAGAUGCUGAAAUUCAGAGACUUAAAGCUGUGGUUCAGGAUUUGAAAGAUAGUGAUUUGGAACUAAAGCUUAUUUUGGAGAUGUAUAGACGUGAAUCAACCAUCACAAGGAACUUUUUAGAAGCAAGGGACAGGGAAUAUAAAGCAUGGGCACAUGUCCAUAAUCUCAAGUCUUCACUUGAUGAACACAAUAUGGAAAUACGUGUCAAGACAGCUAUUGAAGAAGAGGCUCAGUCCCAACAACGCUUAGCUGCUGCGGAAGCUGAAAUUGCAGACUUGCGGGUGAAGUGUAAAUCUUCUAAAAGGGAAAGGUCAAUGUUUUCUAAUGCUUUGAAGUCUAAGCAAGAAGAGAAUGAGGCCUACUUGUCUGAAAUUGAGACUAUUGGACAAGCCUAUGAUGACAUGCAAAACCAAAAUCAGCAUCUGUUGCAGCAAAUUACUGAGAGAGAUGACUAUAACAUCAAGCUUGUCCUUGAAGGUUUGCAUAGUAAACAGACAAAUGAUCUUUUACUAAUGGAAAAAGGAAGUCUGCUGAAGAAGAUCCAGCUGGGUAAUGUUUUUCGGGAGUUUUUUGAGAAGAAAGCUGCAAAAAUUGAAGAUCAGGUCAAAAGUUGCUCAGAUCAGAACCAUAGACUUGCAGAAGAUAGGUGUCAAAACUCAGUUUCUUUGGAAAAUAUCCAAAGGAAGCUGUUGGAUUCAAGAAAAAUUUCGCAACAAACAAAGGAAUCUUUGGAUGGACUUCAAAGUAAAACCAAAGAUGGUCGAGCAAUUCUUUCCGAGAUGCAGAUAGAGUUGGAGAGAAAAAGGUUUGAGAAGAAAAGGAUAGAAGAAGAAUUGGAAGCAGUCAAGAGGAAAGCUGAGCGUCUUAGAAUGCAAAAAGAAGGUUCUAUUGUGGAAAAGCUCCAACAAGAGCUCCAAGAGUACAAGGAAAUACUGAAAUGUAGUGUCUGCCUUGACAAGCCCAAGGAGGUUGUGAUUACUAAAUGCUUCCAUCUAGCAUGCAGUCCUUGCGUACAAAGAGUAUUGGAAUCUCGCCAUCGCAAGUGCCCCGUAUGUUGUGUUGCGAGCUUUGGUCCCAAUGAUGUUAAACCCGUUUACAUUUGAUUAGAGGCUGUCAAUUAGCUGAAGUCGUCUUCUUUAUGUAUUUUCUUUAUAAUCACCCCCUCCCCAUCAACCAAUUGCGAAUGGCAAUAUACAUGCCUAAGACCCAUCUGUAAAUUCCCCAGCUUUGCAUGUAGUUCAGUCCAUAGCCAUUUUAGGUUCAAGGAGAUGCUAAAAAAUUUUCCUCCACAGUGCAUAUCUUAGAGUUGUAGUCUUGUAGAGCUCUGGUUUCAGGUAAUUGAUUUUUUUUUGUAGUAGACUGUAUAAGUAUGAGUAGCUGAUACAUCUUGGAGCUGCAGUGGGCUGUUACCGUCAAAUUGCAAUCAAAAUGAACCACAUGAAGAAAUGGAAGCUCAUUUGCUAAUGCUUUAUAUUUCUUCUGUUUUUGAACUUUUACCUUUAGUGUCUGGGUGGUGUUAUCUCAGAUCUUCAGUCUAUGAGUAUAUUUGUGCUGGUCGGUUUGAUGAUUUAUACAAGAAUGGCAGAUGCCAUCAUAACCAAGUAGACUGUUUUUUCAUGUUCUAUUGGUUCUCAUUCAAGUCUUCCUCAAUUUUUUCUUCAUGUAUUAUUAAGUUUUUGAGAGAAUUGUGGCAAAUUUGUUGCAAUAAAGAGAUCACAAAGCAUGUGAUACAAG